UUCGAGUGUCUCCGCCUAUAACAUCUGAUUAUUUAUAUUUUUAUGUUAAACAAAAUUAGUCAAAAAUAUGGUUGCUGAGCUAGUCUAUUCAAAUUCUUGAUUUCUAAAAACGACAAAUAUUUAAUUUUAUUUAAACGUUAAACAACUAAAUGUAUUAGCAAAAUGUAACAAUAAUAUGCAAUGUAACGAGAAAACGUAGCUGCAGAAAAUUUAACACUAUAUAUGUGAGUGAAAUCUGUAGAAGAAGAUGAAGUAACCAAAUAUGAAGCCAAGAAUAUCGAGGUUUAAAAAUGUUGUCCGCUUACGCCAGGUUUAUAGUGCGUCAUUCUUAUUUAAUCCUUUUCAGCGUAGCUUCUAUAUCCACAGUGUUGACGGUAAUACCCCUUGUUUGUCACACAUUACCUUCCUUUUCCGAUCCGGUGCUUGGAUUUGAAACUAGAGGAACAAUAUUAGCAAACCGUUUUAUUGCUUGGGAAAAUCUAAUAGAUGAAACAAGACCGUCCCGAAGACUAGCUGUGAAUCCGAAAGAAAUUGAAGACCAAAUUCGUAUGAAUCACACCUUUACAAAUAGGAUUAUCAAAAACAAGUCACAUUCUGUACACCGACACAAAAAGGGGCGUAAUAAGAAGACUAAACAAAACAACAACACUGCCUUUGCCAAAACUACUUACAGUUCUGCUGAAAUAAACAUUUCAAUCAAUCAUAUUCAUUGGAGCUUUGGUAAAAAUGUGUCAUUCGAAGAUGAAGAUACUGUUUUCCUCAGAAACCAUACUCGAAUGCAAUGGAAAAUUAUAAAAGACAUGCCACUUUCACCUGGUAUGUAUGGACAUCAUAAUUAUGCAUCUGGUGUCUGCGGAGGUCCUGUAGCAGACUAUGCUCAUUUAGUUGUGACAACCACUGAUGGAACAUCACUCUUAACAUUUGAAAAUGUCCAGAAAGUUUGUAAAUUACAAAAUAACCUUGUGGAGCUUGGUAAUGAUUUGUAUAUCAACCUAUGCCAGAGAUCAACAUAUUCGGAAGAACUUUGCUGUCCAAUAUGGAGUAUACCAAACUAUAUUGCUAUUAUAUCUGGAAAAAACUCCUGUGAAAAUGUUACAAAAGAAGAUGUUGAUACAACAGUGCAGGUGCUGAAGAAAUGUGCAGGUUAUUUUCAUAAUUUUACUUUAAUGUCAUCCUGCGAAAUGAAUCGAUGUAGAGUACCAAAAUACUGUGCCCAACAUGACGCAGUCUACAAUUUACUGUUUUAUCUUAUAGAUUCCAAUGCGUUUUCUCCUGAAAAUAUUACUAACACAUUUGUUAAAAACUCAAUGCUAUUCUUACCGUUACCAACAAGCAGCCCUGUACUGCCAUAUUAUGAAAUGCUUGAAAAUGCUAAUUUAUCAUGUGAUUCUCUUAUUAUACCAGCUAUGGAUUUUGGUUUAAGGAAUGCGCUUUUUGAUCUUUGGAUAAUUCAAGACACUUGGUUAAUAGGUUUGGGUGGAUUGUUUGUACUUAUUGGUGUUUGGAUUUAUACCAAAUCACUGUUACUUACGAUUUUAUUAUUCAUAGCCAUAGCAUAUUCUCUUGGUGUAGCAUACUUUUUGUACAUUUAUGUAUUUUCGCUGGAAUUUUUUCCAUUUAUGAAUUUAUUAGUUAUUGUUGUUCUGAUAGGGAUUGGAGCAGAUGAUGCAUUUAUAUAUGUCAAAGUUUGGUCAAUGGUUAGUAAGAGAUUAAUAAGGGAUAAUGUAGUUAUUCAGGAAAAUGGUUUAAGUGAUAUUAAAAAUGUUUCGAGUGCUGGUGAAACUAUAUUGGUUCAAAUCCUUGAAGAAACUCUAAAGCAUACUGUUGUUGCAAUAUUAAUUACAACUGUAACAACUGCUGUUGCAUUUUUUGCGUCAUAUGUUAGUUAUAUUCCUGCCAUAAACUGUUUUAGUGUGUUUGCUGGUACCACAGUAUUAGUCAACUUUUUUCUUAUGAUGACUUGGUUGCCGGCAUCAGUUUUCAUACUAGAUGUUAAAUUGUAUAUAUCAAGAUAUGUGUUACUAGGUGUAUUUAGGAGGACUAUGAAUGAAAUUGGAGAGGAUAUCAAAGUAAUAUUGAAUAGAUUUAUCACAACUUGUAUCAUGAGAUUGCAUGUAGGGUUAGCAAUCAUCUUUGGUGCUAUAGGAAUUUGCAGUAUUAUUAUAGUAUUUUACUAUCCAGGUCUGCAGCUGCCAGACACAAAACAGUUUCAAUUAUUCCAAACUUCACAUCCCUUUGAAAAAUAUGAUCUCCAAUAUAGUGAUUAUUUUAUAUUUGAAAAGUUUAGUAGAGAUAUUGGAACUGGUGUGAAAAUGCCGCUUCGGUGGAUAUGGGGUGUCAAAAGUAUUGAUAACGGAAAUCAUAUGGACCCUGGAUCCAGGGGCAAAUUGAUUUUUGAUGACAACUUUAGUAUAUCUGAGCCUAAAUCGCAAGUAUGGUUGUCAAAGUUCUGUAGAAAUAUAAAGGCUCAACCUUUUUACCAAACGACUUUAGGUCCAUUAUUACCAAAUUGCUUUAUUGAAAGCUUUAAAAUGUACAUGAGUAGACGUUGUUUCGAUGUUAUCGAUAAAAUGAACAGAACACCUUGUUGCGAAUCUUCGCAUUUUCCAUAUAAAAAAGAUGUUUUUGAUCAUUGUAUUAUAAAAGCUAUAGAAUCGCUAUAUCAAACUCCAAGUGAAAUUUUCCUACCCGGAGUAGCUGGGCCGAAGUUUUUAAGGAGUGCAAAUCCGCCCACUGUCGCUGCUCUGGUAGUGGAAUUUGAAAGUGUUGUCCCCUACUCCAUGUCUUACAAGGAAAUGAAUGAAUUCUUUCUUCAAGUAGAAAAUUGGACCCAAUAUGAGUUGCAGUCCGCACCACCAAGUAUGAGAGGAGGUUGGUUUAUAUCCGAUCUUCAAUUCUAUGACUUACAAAGAACUUUGGCGAGUGGGACUGUCAUGGCGCUUUUGCUUUCGGCGGCAUUAGGGUUUAUCGUUUUAUUACCAUCAACUUUCAGUUUUGUGAUCAGCAUUUGUGCUCUCAUUGCAAUGGUGUUUUCUUCAACAGUCACAAUAGCAAUUUUAGUGUUGACUGGGUGGAAAUUAAAUAUUUUGGAAAGUGUUUCUAUUUCAACAUCCGCAGGUCUCGCUGUCGAUUUUAGUUUACAUUAUGCGCUAAGCUAUACCAAUGCCAAUGGUACAAAAGCAUCUAGAGUUAAAUAUGCCUUGUGUACAUCCUCGGGGCCCACAGCAGCAGCCGCUCUCACCACGGGAUUAGCUGGCAUAUUCUUAUUGCGCUCCAAUCUCCUCCCUUACUCGCAAAUCGGAUUGUUUUUGGCCCUUAUUAUGUCUGUUAGUUGGGUAUAUGCUACUUUCUUUUUGUGUUCAUUGCUACAAAUUCUUGGACGUAAUUCAUCUAAAGACAUUGCAACAGAGGAAAAGAAGUCAGUGUCGAGGGUCAGCUCAAUUUGUUCUGGAGUGCCAAACUUGGAGAGCCAUGAACUGGAGCAUUUAGCAGAUAGUAAUCGCACAAAUAUAACGCACUCUCAAAGUCCUUCCAAUAUUAGCGCGACAACUGUUGUUUUACACGAAGAUUAUGAGAAUAGAAUCGAGAAAACAGUAGACAACGCCGAUAAUGACUGAAUAUUAGUUAAGUAUUAGUUAUUAAUUACAAUUUAAAAGUAUUAUUUCGUAAUCAAGAGUAUUAUAUACAUUUUUUAAGUUUCCUGACCUGAUAUUUUGUUUCAAGUUAUUACAUCUGCACGAUCGAGGCGAUGCGAGGAAAUAAAAUUCCUUGUAAGACUCAGUUUAUCGUGCAUAUAUAGUAGCUGUAUAUGGACCUAGGCUUUGUCUAUAUUGAUGUAUUAUAAUUGUGACAUGUCUUGCAGUAUUAUUAGUUUAAAUAUUUCAAAUUGAAAACUUUGUGACAAUAACUAUCACAUAAUAGUUCACAUACACGACAAUAUAACUCGAAACGAGCUUAGAUUCAUCACUUGUAUUUUGUUAAUACUUAGGGCAUGCCAUGUAAAGACUUGCUGAACGUAAUGUGAUAGUUUGCAUCAAAACUUGGCAAUCAUCGUCAAUUGAAGAAAUAGCUUUUGCUCAAUUAUGUAAUGUACAAGACAAAAUUAAUAUUUAAACGCACUCUUAUUAUGUGGUAUAAUGUUAUUACAUAUUUUACUUAAUGAAUGCUUGUAAAAUAAUAUACCAGUGUUCAUUGUAUUGUAUUUUCUUAAUUGUAGCUUUUCUAAUGUGAAUAUCUAAAUAGAAAGAUCUGAAAAUGCACCACAAAAUAUGUGUCGUUACUUGUCAAAAUGAAAUCUUAAUGUAACCUAGAUAUAUAUUUUAAUAUAACUGUGCCAUCUAUAGAUCUGAUAAAUAAUUUAUUUGUAGCAGCUAUAUUCUUUAAAAAAAAUUUAAAGGUUUCAUUAUUAAGUGUAUAGUGUUUUGAUGAGAUGUUUAUU